AUGGGCCCACCAAUGUUUCGAAAUUUUUAUGUCAUACAUGCACUUGCUAAUGCUAAUAAUGUAUCUGCUCAAAUUGAUGGUAUUCCUACUCUGACUGGGACGAAUUAUGCCAUGUGGAAAGAGAGUGUGGAAAUUGUUCUCGGUUGCAUGGAUUUAGACCAAGCACUUCGGAUUGAGCGACCCAUUUCCAUUGCGGAAAACCCAAAUACGGAUAAAAUUGAGAGGUGGGAUCGCUCUAAUCACAUGUGUCUAAUGAUCAUGGAACGCUCUAUUUCGAGCGGAUUUAGGGGCUCUAUCACUGAGAGCACUGAUGCUAAGAAGCUCCUCACUGAAAUUUAG